AUGAGCGCCAAGCACGGCGGGCGUAAUGCAAGCUCCUCCCCACCUCACGUACGAGCCGAGUACCCUGCUUCGGCAGGGAUAUCUCGUGCAGUGAUUGGCUACAAAGAUUACUUCGAGCGCACCUACCCUGGCGGCUGGUUCGCGUGGUAUGGACCAAUCCUCGACUCGCGCGUCGAGGCGUCCGAUCUGCCGGCUUUAGUCUCCUCGCGCGAGCGCACCCACGUGCCGGCCUUCAUCACCGCAUAUGCCGUCGCGUCUCCCCGCCCGCUCGUUUACUUCUCCAUCCUCUGGCAACCCAAUUCCAAAUCCCACGGCUGGGUGGUGGUGUUCAAUCUCGACGGUCAGAUGUUCCAAGAUGCUCUCCACCGUCGGAUCGCCUCGGGCUAUAAGCCUGUACAG